CAACGGAGCUGAGAGUGCACUAGAGGGUGGUUGAUUUAAGUUGGGAGCGCGCGCGCAUGCAGUGUAGACAGACUGUUACGCCCUCUUAAACAUUGUCACAGCCACAUUUACUUCGGUAAACUUCCUCAAAUAUGCCGUUAAGCCAUUAACUUCCUCUCUAAGGGGUGAACACACUCACGUCCUACAGACCUCAACAACUAACUUCCACAGCAGCGGGAUUACGGUCCUCAAGAGCAUCUGAUAUGUUUGACUGUUGAAGUCGAGUGGUCACCUUUCUAUCAUGCAGAGCAUCAAGUGUGUGGUGGUGGGGGAUGGAGCAGUGGGAAAAACCUGCCUGCUCAUCUCGUACACGACUGGCGCGUUCCCCAAAGAGUACAUUCCCACUGUGUUCGACAACUAUAGCUCCCAAGUCAGCGUGGACAACCGCACUGUCAGCCUCAAUCUGUGGGACACAGCGGGCCAGGAGGAGUAUGAUCGCCUUCGCACGCUGUCCUACCCUCAGACCAACGUCUUCAUCAUCUGCUUCUCCAUCUCCAGCCCCCCGUCCUAUGAGAACGUCAAGCACAAGUGGCAUCCAGAGGUGACGCACCACUGUCCCAGUGUGCCCAUCCUGCUGGUGGGGACCAAGAGCGAUCUUCGCAAUGACGCGGAUGUGCUGAAGAAGCUAAAGGAGCAGAACCAGGCGCCCAUCUCACAACAGCAGGGUCACGCUCUGGCUCGCCAAAUCCACGCCGUCAAGUACAUGGAGUGCUCGGCACUCAGCCAGGACGGCAUCAAGGACGUGUUUGCAGACGCAGUGCGUGCCUUCCUCAGUCCUCAGCCUGUGGCUGCCAAGAAGCCCUGUAUACUCCUCUGAAAAUAUAGAGAGCAUAGAGGUAUUUUAAAUGAAUUACACACAGGAAUGCAUAGAAAUUGUGGGAAUGUUAUUGAAUGUUUGGAGUAAUAGGUUUUCGGUGAACGGUGACCAAGAAACACAGCCUUAAUCUGUGAAAUUAGAGAAAUACAAGAUCAACUUAAGUAUCAAGUUUUACACUGUAUUGAGAUCCCUACUGAAGAAGUUUUUUUUUUUUUUUUUUUUUUUUGAAGGGGUGGGGGUUCAUAAGACCACUAAACAGUUUGAUACCAUCUCAUGGUAUCUCAGGAAUACAUAAAACAAUAUACAGGAACUAAACACUUAAAUAUAUUUCAGUGUAAAUGGGUUUUAGUUCCUUUUUAAUGUUUGGAGACUUAAUAAUGUUGGUUAAUGAAGUUUUUUGUCUUUUAUUAUUAACAAAAACACAAUCUGAGAAUAUAUAUAUAUAGUACUAAUUAUAGUUUUUAUGCCCAAGGCAUUUGUUCUAUGAUUGGGGUGUCCUUGAGGACAGGCCUUUUGUAUCAUUAGUGACAUUAUCUAUAAUAUUGUAUGAGCCGUUCACACAGAAUGCGUUCUUGCUUUUAAAAACGCGAGGCAUAGCUGAAUGUAAAAGAAAGCAGGGUUGCGCUUUUAAAAGUUGAACUUCCUUUGACAUGACAUCUGUAAAACACGUGAGAUUCUGUAACAGCAAAGACUAUAGUGUACCAGUGUCUGCCCAAGUAUUUUUCCCAUAUAGAUUUUAAAAAAGUAUUCAUUAAAAAAUAAUAAGCCAUGAACCAAACCAACUAGCAACAAGGUAAAUGUUGUGAAAUAUUACAAAUUUGAAUUUGAAGCAAAAAAGUAUUUGAAAAUCAAGACAAUUCAUGGCUUUAAUGAGGGAAAGAACUACAAUCCCACGAAGCAUUGCGAAUGAUGUAAUCAAAUUCAAACUGUCAGAUAAAUAUAAAGAUGUUGAUUGUGUAUAUAGAAACAACAUAUUUUGCAUUUAUUGAAAAAUAUGCAUAUAUGUACAAAUAUUGAAGUACUUUUAGAGCAUAUAAGGAAGUGUGUCAAGUCAUUCGCAGUUCUUCAUGGGAGUGGUGUAGGUAUGAUGUCAAAGCCCCGCCCCCUGGUUCCCUCGAGAUUUUCCUAUGGGGUUUUAUAAUCAAUUUAUGAGUAAGGUAAACAUAAUUUGACAAUACUUUGACGUUUUCUUCUACAACGCAAAUUACACAUGCCCAUACCGAAAACGCAAACUUUAAGAAGUUGUGCUCAUUUUUGAAAACGUACAUUUUUAAUAAAUAACUAGAUAAGAAAGUUUGGGAUGUGAGUAUGUGCAGUUUACAUUGUAGAAAAAAAUUUCAAAAUAUCGUCAAGUUAUGUUUACCACAGGCUUUAUUUUACUCAUGAAUUGAAAAACCCCAUUAUAGGAAAAUCUCGAAGGAACCAGCGGCGAAUUUCUCUUCCAGAUCCUUACGUCAUACCUACACCACUUGAUUUACUUGUCGAGAUUCUCUGAUUGGUGGAGAUUUCUUCGCAGAAUCAAGGGUAAUGUAAUUCCACUGUUGAACACGAUUAUUUAAAAAGUUUUGUUGGCUUCAACAAAAGCAUAUACCCUUGAUUAACACCUCGCAGCUCACAGUUGGUCUGCCUUUAAUGGUUUAUAAGUUAUCAUUCAAAAUCAAUUCCCCUGUGGAGAAAAUCAAUGGGAUGUUUACUUCCAGAGCCCUACUGUUCAAACGCGUUCUGUGUGAAGCGGCUCCUUAGACAUACCUGAUCUUGUAUGUGCGAUGAGGGGGUUGUUGCCUGGCAGCUUGACGGCUUUACUUCCUUGUGGUGUGGAAACUGUCUGGCAGACCCUUCAGGAAACAGAGGUCCCAGCAUGCUAUGCGUCACAUUCAACUCUUCAUUCUUUUCUUCCUCAGCGCUCCAGGGUGGGGCUUCAGAACCUUAUUAGAAAACAAGGCACUUUCUUCACUUAGUGACUGAUUUGGGAACAGCUUGUGUCGUUUUAAAUGGCACAAUCCUAAAUGAGCCAUUAAUGUAAAGGAAGGAAGCUUUCAGUUGGCCAAAGAUUCAGUUCAGUAGAUUUCAAGGCUCAGGGAUUCAUCAACAAACUAAAAUGAUGUGUUAGGUUCAGAUGAAUGUAUAACUUUACAGUGCCUUCCUAUAAUGGAGCUUAAAUUUAAGAUUGUUGUAUGUCAAAUUUAAAAGCUAAGGGCAAAAGUAUACAAUACAACUGUUGGUAUUUUCAUUUCAGCUAUAAAAAUUAUGUUUUUUAAUGAUGUUUCCAUUUUUAAAAUGUUAUGUUUAGCCCAUUGGCAUUAGAUGAAAUGUUAGCUGAAAGUCAAGAAGGUAAUAUUGUGGCUCAUUAAGGACACAUGCUGCUUUCUGAAGAGUGCUUGAGUUUCCUUAAAACAUUCACAGCAAAAGGACAAACACUUCAUUGUGCAUGAAUCAUACGAUGAUGUUUAAGUCAUAACAUGUGUUGCUCAAUCUGUAUGUGUGCUUUUGGCCAUUCAUGUAUGAGAAAUCCCACAGUCAUGUGAAAGCAAUACUUUCUAAAGCAUUUAAUAAUUCAGCUGAGAGUUUUGUGGAAGCAAGAAGAAAUACAAAUGUAUCCACAUCACUGACCGUGACUUUGUUUGGCUGACGUGACAAUGACGUUCCUCAUUCCUUCUAAAAACAGAGGAAAUCAUUUGCACUUCUACAGACUUUUCCAAAAUGUCAAUGUCUUGCCUCAGCUUCUCGAAUAACUCAUUUUAUUUAUUUUUUUUUUCCAGUUUUUAAAAUAACUUUGUCUUAUCUGCAUUUUUGUUUUACUAAACCAAAGAUACCCUGUGGCAUCCUUUAAAUACUCAAAGGUCUGUUUUGCCUGUCAUUUCCCCAUGCCAAUUUUACAUCAAAUAUUUAUCAGUUUGUAAUUUAUAUAACAUAUAUAAUUACAUUUUGGUUUACAAUGCGUUUUAAUUCAAAUUUUGUAUCCCAAUAAAAUUUAAACAGCUUUAUUUUAACAUCCUA